AACAACAACGUAAAGCCCACGAAGAGAUCGAGCGACUGGAACAAGCCAUAGUGGACCAGUUUAUGAGAGAUCCAAAAUCACAUAAGGAACGGUUAACAAGGGAGCAUCGUGUAAGCGAUUUUCUUGACAGGAUCAGUUCACGGAGUAAGUUUCUCUACGAACUUUACGAUGAUUCUGAUGGAGCCCGUAAAGCUGAAAUAGAUGCUUUGUCUGGCUCUUCAGAAUUCAGUGAGUUUUAUGCGAGACUAAGAGCUAUAAAAGACUACCACAGACGGUAUCCUAACGAAACAGUCGAGCCGCUAGAGUUGGAGUUUAUAAAUCAAGCCAAGCAGAGCAACGAGGAUGAUGACCUUGAUAAACUAUUUUCUGGUGAAGAAGCCUUUGGUCGAUUCUUGGAUCUUCAUUCUCUUCAUGAGAAGUAUGUUAAUUUGAAGGCUGUGAAGAAGUUGGAUUAUUUAAGUUAUAUAAGUGAAUUUGAUCAUUUUUCUGAAUAUUCCAAAGAAUACAAGAACGGCGAAUAUGUUGAGUAUUUAAUCGAGUUAAAGGCAUAUCUAGAAGGCUUCUUUGCUCGGGUAAAACCACUCUCUAAUUUAGAUGAAAUACGCAAACAAACAGAAAAUGAAUUCAAUGUUCGAUGGCAACAAGGCAAAUUCCCAGGAUGGGAACGACAAAUCGGUCAAGACGAGUUGACGAGUGAUUUAUUCUGCGUUGCCUGUCGUAGAUCAUAUGCUAAACGAACAGUGUACGACGCUCAUUUGAAGAGUAAGAAGCAUAUCAAAGCAGCUAAAGCAAUGAUGGAACAGGGUGUUGUCGAGGUGGAUAAUGAAAUGCGAGAGAAAUUGCGGAAACAGACUGAAGACGAGAAGGAGAAUAAGGAAAGACAGACUGCAUUUACCGAAGCGCUAAUACAGAAAUAUGCCGAAAUACUUGGAACACAACGCGAAGAUACUAAAGCCAAUGUAGAAAGGAAACGAGCGUUGACUGAUAGAGAACGCAGGAUGGAAUUGGAAGCUGAAGAAGUUGAUGACGUUGAGAGUGAGAGCGAAGAUGAGGACAAAAUAUAUAACCCUCUUAAGUUACCGCUCGGAUGGGAUGGAAAGCCGAUUCCGUAUUGGCUAUAUAAAUUACAUGGAUUAGGCGUAGAGUAUCCGUGCGAAAUAUGUGGGAAUUAUGUUUACAUGGGACGAAAAGCAUUUGAUAGACAUUUUCAGGAGUGGCGACAUGCUCACGGAAUGAGGUGUUUGGGUAUUCCGAAUACUCGACAUUUCCACGAAAUAACAUUGAUAGAAGACGCAUACGCAUUAUGGGAGAAGCUGAAAAGCACAAAUAAAAUGGACGAAUUUAAAGCUGAUACGAUGGAAGAAUUUGAAGACGACGAAGGAAACGUAUUUAACAAGAAGACCUACGAUGAUUUAAAGAGACAAGGAUUGAUUUAA